UAUGCGGAUAGAAUACGAGGAGAGCCAGCAAUUAGGGUGUAAGGCAUUUAGAGGAAACAUCAACAGUACUUUAAAAUUUAGCUUGAAAUAUGUUUAGCGAAAUGUAGCUCUUCCGGUCAGCCAGAAUAGCCGGAAAGGCCAGAAUAGCCGUAUGCGGAAACACCGGACGCGCAUACUCAUACGCGAAUGAAUACUCAUCGACACACUCAAGUUGCCACUCGGACGAAUGGACUGGACUGUUGUUUAUUGUGCGACUCGCACCAGACGAACUCACAGGCAUUGCAUUUUCAAGAAAUUAGUAUUAUAUAAUUGUAUCCGUAUCUGUUAAGUACUCCGGGCGCAGAGAUCAAUUCAAAACGCAAAUCGCGGUUGUGUCCUCGAAAACAAACUCGAAAAUACUCAUGCACAGACUCCGAAUAAGUUCCCUUUUGCCGAACGCAUCUACUCAUCAGUCAGUAUUCUCUAUGGCCACUGUAUUAUUUUGAUACAUUCAUUUUUUUAGCCUUAAGUUUUUUGUACACAACUACUAUUUAUACAUGGGGUGCAUGCGGUGCCAGCAUCCGUAGUUGUAGAUCAAUGUAUGUUGUUCAUACAUUACGAGAAUCUUUUAUAAUUCGUGUAAUCAUAAGUUACUGUACGUCGUGUUGUAUAGCGCUGUAAUAUCCUGUCACUUGCUUCAGCUUAAUUAAAACCGUAUAUCGGGCGAGAGAUAACUAGAUAAUGAAAUACAAAUACUAUACAUAGUGUAUAAACCGAUGGACGUGCCUUUGAAUGCUCCCCACAUCCACAAACACGAAUCAAAUACAAACCUUUGGAACGCGCUGUAAAUCGAAAUGAAGGACCUGGACGGUACCUUGGAUACCCUGGAGAAUGCCCGCUUUAACUACGUGUAUAUGAAGGAUGUUGCUCGCCUGGCCAAGGACUCGAUCUUCUCGCAUAACGAGCUGGUCAGCAUCGUGAUGCUCUACCACAAGUUUGUCCUGGUUAAUGGACCGAGGGCCAAGUACAUGACCAUUCGGCAACUCACUGCGCUGAUGGAGCUGCUGUUCGAGAUCGUGGAUCGGGAUCUCAUUGCGACCAUUGUGUACAGAAUAGCCCAUACUCCGGGCUCCAGGGCUCCUGACUUCUUUCCCGACAAGCACAUUCAUUUGGAAUCCUUUGUGAGGCUGCUCACCCUGUACUUCACCAAAGAUCUUCAGCUGAAAAUGGAGUUCGCAUUCUCGGUCUACGAUAAGAGUGAUUCCAAGCAGUUGAAUGGCGAGCAAGUGGGGUUCUUUGUCAGCAAGUUCUUUGAGAGCGAGGACGAGGACGAAUCCAUUGAGCUGCGACUGGACAUGAAGGAGAUGCUGUUCCUCAAGUUUGACCUGGACAAGGACACCAACAUUGGGGUGGACGAAUACUACGAGGUGGUCCGCCGACAGCCCAUGCUGCUCGAGUGCUUUGGUCGCGUGUUUCCCCCGAAUCCCCAGAUGGAGGUCCUUGCGCUUUGCGCCAAUGUGAUGUCUUGGUUUGACGACUCCCCCAAUCCCAGGAUUAUGAUGAAACCAGACGGCGGGAAGACCAGCUAGCUAACAGGACGUCCGGGAACGCAUGUCUAUCUUACCAGAUACGUAAAUUGUGAGACGUCUAAAAUUGAAAGUGCAUUAAAAUGAAGUAAUUAACA